CGAAGGGUUCCCAAAUACUCAAAAAUCCACUCCUUAUCACACACACACACACAUCAUUCUUUCCAAUAUCGCAUUGAUGCAAUCUCCAGUGGCACUAUCCGGAAUGCGUCUUUGUCUCACACAGGUACUUCUUCCGCUUUCUCCGCUCAAGUUUUUGCUACGACCGAGUCCGUCCCUGGCGGUUAUGGAGUUACCUUUUCUAGGAAUCUUGCCGUUUGCUUUCGUAAUGCAUCAAUUUUGCCAAUCUUGAACGAGCCUUCCAUAUGUUUUUGCCAGUUUUUUCUUUGCUACCAUGUAUAUCGAUCCCAAGAUUAUAAAGCCUCCAGCAGUAACCGCCUCAUGUCCUCGGCUCACAGUCUUGUACCAGCCUCUACCUCCAUAAACAUCCUUCAAACCUCACGAUGGAGACUUACCUGCAAUAUCGUCGAAUAGGACGCACGAUCGAGAAGCAACUCGAGUCUCCCGAUGUCGAGUCUGCACGCCAACUACCAUGCUUAUCCCGCCAAAAGACCAAGGUUGUCAACGGAAGGUCAAUACUGAUCGUUGAAUGGGACGGACCUGACGACCCCUUGAAUCCCCGAAAUUGGUCUCGUUUUCGACGGGUUUAUGCGACACUUAUCAUAUCUGCCAUCGCAUUCAUGGUCGGAGCGGCGGCGCCAAUCGAUGCAGCCGUUCUACCUCAAGCUGCGAAAGACCUUGGUGUCAGCGAGGUAACAGAAACACUCGCGGUCGGCGUCUUUUUGAUUGGGUUCGGUGCCGGGGCACUCAUUUGCGGUCCGUUCUCUGAAGUGUUGGGCAGAAGUGGCACAUACAUCGUCUCCCUCAUUUUCAUGUGCAUCUGGCUGAUGGCCUCCGCACUGGCUCCCAACCUCGGCGCUCAAAUCGUCUUCCGAUUUCUGGCUGGCUUUAGCGGUGCAUCACCCCUCGUCUGCGCGGGAGGAUCAGUGUCGGAUAUGUUCACGCCCCUCGAGAAGACGUACAUGUUUCCGAUAUUCGCCCUCGGAGGAUUUCUCGGGCCACCACUUGGUCCUGUGAUGGGCGCCUGGGUACCUCAGUCUCCUUAUCUGCAUACAUGGAGAUGGACAGAGUGGAUCGCGCUGCUCACAGCCGCAGUCGUGCUCUUUUUAGCCUUUUUCUUCCAGCCAGAGACUUUUCCACCGCUUUUGCUGAGUUGGAAGGCCAGGCAUCUACGCAGGAUCACUGGCGACAAACGCUACUACGCUGCACACGAGAUCGAGCGCAUACCAAUUGUGACGCGGCUCAGGGUUGCCCUACCGAGGCCAUUUGUCAUGGCUGUCACCGAACCAGUGAUCUUCUUGAUCACUUUGUAUAUGUCGGUCUUGUACAUCAUUCUCUUCACAUUCUUCGAUGGAUACGACUUCAUCUUUCGCGAGACGUACGGUGUGUCUCAAGGUAUUUCAAACACGAUAUUCAUAGGAAUUGCCAUUGGCGUAUGCUUCGGUGGAGCCUGGCUGCCUUGGAUGUACAAGAUGACUGUACAGGCCCAGAAAAAGGCAGAAGCACACGGCAAAGCGCAAUUCGAUCCCGAGAUCAGGCUAUGGUUCGCCAUGCUGGGUGGUGCCCCAGCAAUACCAGUCUCACUAUUGUGGAUGGGCUGGACAGCAUACCCCAGCGUCUCGAUCUGGUCACCAAUUAUCGCUUCGGUCCUUUUCGGCUAUGGCACAAUCAUGAUCUUCAUCAGCUCUUAUAUGUACAUCAUCGACAGUUACGAGAUGUAUGCUGCAAGUGCGCUGACAUUCGCCACGUUAGCUCGAUAUAUCAUUGCAGGGGGGAUGACGGUCGUCGGCAUCCCCUUCUACAAGAAUAUGGGCGUGCAUUGGACUUUGACCAUCUUGGCGGCCCUGAGUGCCUUACUUGCUCCACUGCCAUACGUGUUUUACAAGUAUGGGUACAUAAUCCGGAGAAAGAGUCGAUUUGCAGUAAGUCGGGCAGCGGAGGACGAGGUCGUGCCUGUUCAAAACGAGUCAUCUGGUUCGUCGUCUAUGUCCGUCCCGCUGGAAAUGGACAAGGAGCGUUCAGAUGAUCCAGCGCCGGCGGCAUAAUCCGUGAUGCCGGUUCUGAAGGUCGCCUGUUGACAAUAGACCCUCAUGUAUUUAGCAAGCGUAAGCGAAAGUUCUUAUCAAUCAAUAUUUCUUGAGCCAUCAGCGCGCUGUAAUCUCU